UUUUUGGACGACGUAUGCUGCUGCUUUGCCAUAGUGUAUGUGGUUGAAAAGAUUAUAACUGUAAUCUGCUAAGUGCAACAAAUAUAUAACUUAUUCAAUUGUUGCAACGUUCGAUAAUAAAACUAUAACUGACUUAACUCAUAUAGCGCUAUAUCAAGUUACUUAGAUUGUCUUCUAUCGCUGAAUUGAUUUUACGACAAUGUAGCUUUUUAAAUACAAACAGUAUAUUUAGACGAAAAAGUCAUUGUGAGCCAAAUUAGAUUGUAAAAAACGCGAUAAUUUAGUUCCAUAACUUGAAAAACGGUUUUUAUCAAAAAAAGAAACGAAAAGAAAAAAUCUUAUUGAGAAAUACAUAUAUUGCUGCUGUGAGAGUGAGCGAGUGAGAAAGAUACAUACAUAUGUAUGUAUGUAUGCAUUUGCAUUUCGUUGUGUAGUGUCGUCGACUGGCUGCUCGGUAAAAGUCGGUCUUUCUUUUCCACUACCACUUUGCGUUUGAAAAUUCGAAAGAAAAAGAAAAAAAAAUUAAGUAAUAAUGUGUGUUAUAUGAAUGAAAUAAGGCAUAUGGCAAUGGAACGCGUCUAACUUUCAAAACUCUCAUGCCAAUAUAUUGCAAAUCUAUGACCUAAUAUUGUUUAUUCAGGAAUUAUUUUUAUUGAUGAAAAGCGGCUGCGGAGUUAUUAGGAAGUAAAUUAAAAUUUAAUAUAUUAAGGAAACAAGAACGGCAAGUACUUUGACAGGAGGCGCAGGAGUUGGAAGCGAUCCACUGGAGGAAUAGAGAUUAGUUGGCCUCUGUUCUAUUGCAGAAUAUUGCGUCAAAUAGUAAUAGAGAGAAAUAGAGAGAGGGACCGAGAGAGAGAGAGAGAGAGAGAGAUAAAUAUAGAGAAGAGAUUUGGCUAGAAAAUAUGUCUACAGCAAUGCGAACAACUUUGCAACCAGUUCCUGAAGCCCUGCCCGCAGAGAAUGUCUCAAAUGGGACGGCGACUGCGACGGCUGCAACGCCAACGUCGACGUCGACGGCAUCAAAUGCCACAACGACAGCCGCUGCUAGCACAACAACGUAUACAACAAACACAAUCAGUAGCUCGGCGCAUUCUGUAAAGGAUCAGCAGCAGCAGCAGCAGCAUGACUCAGCCAAUGCCAACAUUGUCUCACUGCCACAACCACCAACACCAGCAACACCAGCCGCAACAGCAACAUCAACAACAACAACAACAGCAGCAGCAACCACAGCGGCGGCGGCGGCGGCGGCGUCAGCAACAACAGCUGGAAAUACGACAAUGUUGCCAAUCUCGUCCUCGAAUUCAGCCAGCAGUAGCAAUAAUACAACCACAAGCACACCUGUGGCAGCAGCAGCAGCAACAGUAACAAAUGCCGCACCACCAACGACAGCAAACACAAACCACGCGUCGCACCACCAGCACAGCCAUCAGCAUCAUCAUCAUGUCGCCAACAAUAUGGCCACAGACGGUGGACGACUAUCGAGCAAUAAUGCCAGCACAGUCAACAGUGGUCCACCACCACCAUCAUCAUCAGCGAUCAAUCACCAUCAUCAUCAUCCACCGGGCGGUGGUGUCGGCGGCGUUGGGGGCGGUGUGGGUGGUGUCGGCGCCAGUUCCGUCAACAAGAACGUUCUCAGCACACACUCGGCCCAUGCAUCUGCCAUCAAACAGCGAACAUCAUCAGCUAAGGGAUCCCCGAAUCUGCAGAUGCGAAGCAGUGCUCCGAUGCGAUGGCGUGCCACUGAGGAGCAUAUCGGAAAAUAUAAGCUCAUCAAGACGAUCGGAAAGGGAAACUUUGCCAAAGUGAAACUAGCAAAGCAUCUGCCCACUGGCAAGGAAGUAGCAAUAAAAAUAAUUGACAAAACCCAAUUAAAUCCUGGGUCACUUCAGAAACUCUUUAGAGAGGUUAGGAUAAUGAAAAUGCUUGAUCACCCCAACAUAGUGAAACUUUUUCAAGUUAUCGAAACGGAAAAGACGUUGUAUCUCAUCAUGGAGUACGCAUCAGGUGGUGAGGUCUUUGACUAUUUGGUACUACAUGGGCGUAUGAAAGAGAAGGAGGCGCGUGUUAAGUUUCGUCAAAUUGUAUCGGCUGUGCAAUACUGUCAUCAGAAGAGAAUAAUACACAGGGACUUAAAAGCUGAGAACUUAUUAUUAGACAGCGAGUUGAAUAUAAAAAUAGCAGAUUUUGGAUUUUCGAACGAGUUCACGCCCGGCUCAAAGUUGGAUACAUUUUGCGGCAGCCCACCCUAUGCAGCGCCCGAGCUCUUCCAGGGUAAAAAAUAUGAUGGACCUGAGGUGGAUGUUUGGUCGUUGGGCGUUAUAUUGUAUACGUUAGUGAGCGGAUCCCUGCCUUUCGACGGUUCCACUUUGAGGGAGCUACGCGAACGUGUACUCAGAGGCAAAUAUAGAAUUCCAUUCUAUAUGUCAACUGAUUGCGAAAAUUUGCUGCGCAAGUUUCUAGUACUAAAUCCUGCUAAACGUGCUAGUCUUGAAACAAUCAUGGGCGACAAGUGGAUGAAUAUGGGGUUUGAAGACGAUGAGCUCAAGCCAUACAUAGAGCCAAAACAAGAUUUAGCCGAUCCCAAGCGGAUAGGUAAGACGGAAGCUCUAGUCGCAAUGGGCUACAAUCGACAAGAAAUCGAAGCGUCACUGGCUCAGGUGCGUUAUGAUGACGUAUUCGCCACGUAUUUGCUGCUGGGUCGCAAGAGCACCGAUCCUGAAAGUGACGGGUCACGAUCCGGAUCAUCGCUCUCGCUGCGCAACAUCUCUGGCACCGAGGCUGGGGCCAAUGCGGGCAAUGCGGUCGUCCAAAGUCCCACACAUCGUGGCGUACACAGAAGUAUAUCGGCGUCGAGUACCAAGCCAAGUCGUCGAGCUUCGUCCGGUGCGGAAACGUUACGUGUUGGACCCGCAAAUGCCACAACAACCGUUACGGCUGCUGCAAUAGGCGUGGCGCCUGUCAACCCAAGCAAUAACUAUAAUGCUGUUGGAUCAGUCGCCGAUCGUGCAUCAGUUGGUAGCAAUUUUAAGCGUCAAAAUACUAUAGACUCAGCAACAAUUAAGGAGAAUACGGCACGGCUGGCCGCACAGAAUCAGAGGCCAGCGUCUGCCACACAGAAGAUGCUAACCACAACAGAUACAUCGCUGAAUAGUCCAGCUAAGCCGCGUACAGCUGCGAAAUACGAUCCCACUAAUGGCAAUCGCACAGUUAGCGGUACGAGUGGCAUUAUACCACGACGUUCGACCACACUCUAUGAAAAGACUUCAUCGACGGAGAAAACCAAUGUUAUUCCUGCAGAGACAAAUAGUGGAUCUGCAGCUACCGCUGGAAAGGGUCACACAAAAAGCGCCUCUAUUUCAAGCCCUAGGCCAUCCACUGAUGGAUGCAUAUCAGUAUCAAUUGACCCACUUGGAUCGAGGGCAAGAAACAACACGGCGCUGGAAUAUUCCGGUACAAGUGGAGCCUCCGGUGAUUCGCCUCAUCCGGGCCGCAUGAGCUUCUUUUCGAAACUUUCCUCCCGUUUUAGCAAACGUACAUCUACAACGGAAGAGGCAGCCAAGCCAAGAGUUUUGCGUUUCACAUGGUCUAUGAAGACGACAUCGCCACUGAUGCCCGAUCAGAUUAUGCAGAAGAUAAGAGAAGUUCUUGAUCAAAACAACUGCGACUAUGAGCAGCGCGAAAGAUUUGUACUCUGGUGUGUGCAUGGCGAUCCCAAUACGGAUUCUCUGGUUCAGUGGGAAAUCGAAGUUUGCAAAUUGCCGCGACUCUCGCUGAAUGGCGUUCGCUUCAAGCGUAUUUCUGGUACUAGCAUUGGCUUCAAAAACAUUGCGUCUCGCAUUGCUUUUGAUCUCCGUCUGUGACUUGACAAAACGACUAAUGAUAGCUGCACGGCCACCACCAGCAACACCACCACCACCACCACCGAUGGCAGCGAUUUCGUAUCGACCACCUCCACUGCCAACUAUCAAAUGGCUGACAAAUCGUUGCUGCGUCGAUCAUUUAGUCAACAGCAGAGAUCAAACCGAUUCAAGAUUCGGAAUCGACCGAAAAAGAAAAGCUCAGGCGGAGUCGGCGGCGGCGGCGGAUUGCUGUUGUCGGCUUUUCAAGUAUACUUGCCCUUUCGAUCAAAGGAGGAGGAGCACACGAAAUCACAAAUCAAAUUUGAUGCGUUUCGCUCAGCCGAUAACGAAGACGAGAGUGAGGGCCAACGGCUAGAGUCAAUGCCCAGUAACAGCAGUAAUAUGGAAUCUCAAUGUAAAGACAACCAAGUGGCCAAUGAAGAGGGGGGUGAGUGUGGCGUGGUGGCAAUGGCUGGUGGCAGCAGCAGCAACGGCAGCGGUAGCGGUAAAGUCAGCAAAGGAAAUCGAUUUAAGAGAAACAUCAAGAAUACUAGAAGUUUAAUUGUGCGCAAAUUCACAUCAAACAACUCCAGCUCGAACUCGAACUCCAACUCCAACUCAGUAGAGAAAAAACCAAGCGAGACUAACAACAAAACCAGCACAUCAAAGCACUCAAAUGAGAUG